CUAGCUGUCAGAUCAGUACAGUGUAAACCAGUUGAAGGGAAUGGUAUAAAAAAGGCAAGACUGGUGCCAGCAGCCAUGAUAUUUGCAGCUUUCGGAGUGCAUAUCAUCACUACUGCAGUUCGUACUUGGAUCUACAUCUUUGGACUUGCUCCAAUUUCACAAUACUGCUUGAGAAUUGCUCGAAAAACAGUUGGCUUAGAAUGGAAUGAAGAAAGCUGGUCGAAUGUUAUGCAACAGCUUGGAGUCGGAUUCAAAAGAUUUUUGGUAAGGAAUUAA